GUGGAGAAAACUGCACAGAGAACAUCAAUGAAUGUCUGUCUAGUCCAUGUGGCAUCGGCACCUGUCUUGACAACAUUGACGGGUACAACUGCACCUGUCCACAAGACAUCUACACUUACGAUGGCCACUGCAACAUCAUCGAACCGUGUAGCUCAAACCCUUGCCAGGCAAACACAACAACAACAUGCAACAACACGAUCGUAAACAACAUCUAUACAUACAUCUGUGUCUGCGUAGCAGGUUUUGACGGACAAAAUUGCGAAGAAAACAUUGAAGAAUGCGUUGUUGAAAAUGUUUCGUGUCAAAAUGGAGGGACGUGCAGAGAUCUUGUGAAUAACUACACGUGCGAAUGUGCUGCUGGGUUUACUGGGAGGCACUGCGAGGUGAAUGUAGACGAAUGCGAGGCUAACUUCUGUCAGAACGGCAGCACCUGCGUGGACGGGAUCGACGGUUACACUUGUAGCUGUGCUCCUGGGUUCAAAGGUCAAUACUGCAACGAGACAAUAGACAGAUGUGAGGACACACCUUGCCUGAAUGGUGAGACGUGCACCGAUACGCCAAAUAGCGUCACAGGACUACCGUUCACAUGUCAAUGCGCGACCGGCUUCAAUGGCACAUUCUGCGAACUGAACAUCGACGAAUGUCUAUCCAAUCCUUGUCAAAAUGGCGGAACCUGCCAAGACGGCGUCAACGAAUAUCUGUGUGUGUGCCAGCCUGGUUUCAACGGCACCAACUGCGAAACCGACAUUGACGAAUGCGAAAACGAUUUUUGUCAGAACGGUGCCACCUGUAACGACCAGGUUAACAACUACACCUGUACAUGUGCGGCGGGUUUUGAAGGAAGAAACUGUGAAAUCAACACGGACGAAUGUGCGUCUAACCCGUGUAAUCCACAGACUGGCGUAUGCGUGGAUGAAAUAAAUGGCUACAGAUGUUUCUGUUUAAAUGGUUGGACAGGGAACAACUGUAGCGUGAAUAUCGACGACUGCGAAAGCCGGCCGUGCGUAAACGGAGCCACCUGCGUUGACGAAAUCGGAGGCUACAGUUGUACGUGUUUGCCGGGAUAUGAGGGGACGGACUGUGAGGUUGAAAUCGACGAAUGCGAAUCUGAUCCAUGUCAAAAUGGAGGAGCGUGUAACAAUGGCAUUGACGAGUACAGUUGCAGCUGUGUGCCUGGUUACGCUGGGACCAACUGUGAGAUCAACAUCGAUGAAUGCGAUCCCCAACCCUGUCAAAAUGGCGGUACGUGCCUGGAUUUCAUAAACAGCUACUUCUGUGUCUGCACGUUCCCGUAUGUCGGUACCAACUGCUCCCAGCUUCCGUGUGAACAGUCCCCAUGUCAGAAUGGAGGAAACUGUACGCACACGGACUUUACAGUGGAUGAUGGGUUCGGUUAUACCUGCAGCUGUCCCGCUGGAUUCAUAGGUCGUAACUGUGAGCUGAACUUUAAUGACUGUUGGAGGCAGCCGUGUGUGAACGGUUUCUGUCAGGACGGCAUCAACGGUUUCAUCUGCUUGUGUGAUCCUGGCUGGGCAGGUGACUUGUGUGAACAGCCCAUAGAUGACUGUAUAGACAACAUGUGCAGGAACAGCUCCACCUGUGUGGACAGGCACAUGGGCUACACCUGUGUCUGUCCACCUGGUCUGGAGGGGACGUUUUGCGAGGUCAACAUCGACGAAUGUCUGCAGGCAAACUGUCAAAACAACGCUACCUGUGUGGACCUGUUCAACGACUACAGGUGUGACUGCCUGCCUGGCUGGACUGGGAAAGACUGCGAAUCCGACAUCCCAGAAUGCAGUUCCAACCCUUGCCUCAAUAACGGCACCUGUUUCGACAACGUGGACGGCUUCGUGUGCAACUGUCCGCCAUUUUACACCGGACAGAACUGCUCCCUGCCCUUUGACCCAUGUGACUCGACCUAUGACCCUUGUGAUAAUGGGGCCACCUGUUUGACCAAUCAGGACGGGUCAUACAGAUGCAGUUGUAUCCCAGGCUUUACAGGGAUGAAUUGCGAAACCAACAUGGACGACUGCGUCCCGGACCCGUGUCAGAACGGAGCGCAGUGCGAGGACCAGGUCAACGAUUACGUCUGCCACUGCCUCCCAGGGUUCACUGGGAAGGACUGUCAGACCAACAUCGACGACUGUCUGGCCGGGAUCUGCCAACAUGGAGCCACCUGUGUGGAUCUGGUGGAUGACUACAACUGCACCUGUGCACCUGGCUAUACUGGAAAGAACUGCAGUGAAGAAAUCGACGAGUGUGCCUCAUCACCCUGUGAGAAUGGAGCCACAUGCAGAGAUCUGAUUGGUCAAUAUGAGUGUGGCUGUCUUCCAGGCUAUGAAGGCCAGAACUGUGCAGCAGAGGUGGAUGAGUGCAGCAGCGCCCCAUGUACCAACGGUGCGACCUGCAGUGACCUGCUGAAUGGCUACAACUGCACCUGUGCUGCCGGGUUCACUGGUGCUGACUGUCAGGUCAACAUAGAUGACUGUGUGCCAGAUCCAUGUGUCAAUGGAGUUUGUCAGGAUGCGGUGAAUUCCUACAACUGCAUCUGCAACCCUGGCUGGACUGGACAGAACUGCACUGUUGACAUUGACGAGUGUUCCAACAGUCCUUGUCAAAAUGGUGGCACCUGUACCGACUUAGUCAAUGGCUUCACCUGUGCCUGUUCACCUGGAUACACAGGCCCCAACUGCACAUUUGACAUCAAUGUCUGUGAGGCUUCUGGCUUCUCCCAGUGUCAGAAUGGUGGUUCCUGUGUGGAUGGACCUGGGAAUAACUUCACCUGCAGUUGCCCACCAGGCUAUGCCGGUCCGUACUGUGAUGUGGAUGUGGAUGAGUGUAACUCUGACCCGUGUCAGAACAGUGCCACCUGUCAGGACCUCAUCAAUGGCUUCAACUGCAACUGUACAACAGGUUGGACAGGAGACACCUGUGCAGAAGAUAUUGAUGAGUGUAGCUCUGACCCCUGUCAAAACAAUGGAGUGUGCCAACAGCAGGCCCCAGGGUUGGGUUACAUCUGCUUCUGUCCUCCGGGCAUCCAGGGCGACAACUGCGAAGUCAACUUCGACGACUGCUUCAGCGAUCCAUGUCAAAAUUUUGCCACCUGCAUCGACGAGGUCAAUGGAUACACCUGCAGCUGUGCACCUGGCUACAAUGGGACUCACUGUGAGAUCGACAUCGACGAAUGCAGCAGCUCCCCCUGCCAGAAUGGAGCAAACUGCACCCAGCCUUACCCGGGGGUCUACGAGUGUGUGUGUUUGGAGGGAUUUGCUGGAACGAACUGCGAACACAACGACACCUGUAUUAACCACUCGUGCCAAAACGGGGCGACCUGCGUGGCCAACCCGACCAACUACACAUGCGUGUGUGCGCCCGGAUUCGCGGGAACAUUGUGUGACAUCAUCAUAACCACGACAACACCAGUGACAACACUAACCCCCACCCCAGUGCCAACCCCCACCCCCACCCCUACCCCCGUGUACACGUGUCAGGACGACCCUUGUCAGAACGGGGCUACCUGUGUUGAAGAGGACAUAAACGGACAGACGGUUGCACGCUGUGAAUGUACCUGGUGGUACACUGGACCAGUCUGCGACUCAGUAAGAGUGGUGACUCCUAAGUUCCUGGCCAACUCAUACCUGGAGUUCCCUUCGUACACGGUCAGAGAGAAUAACAGCAUCCAGGUGACCUUCCGUACGGCCCACCAGAACGGAACACUUCUGUACGCGGUACAGGACUACCGAGCACCACAGCGGAACGCUUAUUUCAUCCACUUGUAUGUGGAGAAUGGAGUUCUCUAUUACCAUUUUUCCUGUUGGAUUGAGCGCUUCACUGUGGAUACCAACACUCUAGUCAACCACGGCAAUGAAGUCUCUGUCAUCAUUGAGCACAUCACCAGCCCUGGUUGCCAAGCGACAGUAACCAUUGACAACGGCACUCCAGUCCAAGCUGGUUGGCCGACAUCCUUGCUCGACAACGUUGGCGAUCAGAUGGGCCCCGUGUACAUGGGCGGAGUCCCGCCAACCUUUGACCCCCUGCUGGCCAGUCUACCCGUCUACGACUUUCAGGGAUGUGUCUCGGAGCUGACGAUUAACGCCCUCCCGUACAACUUCCUUUAUUCGGUUGGCGGAGAAAACGUGGAAGAGUGUGACGUGCUCCCCACCCCUCCCCCGGGGCCGACCAACCCCCCGCCGCCCACGUGCAGCGAGACGCGGUGUGAAAACGGCGGGACGUGUCGUGAUGUCACCACGGGAGGGGUGCUGCAGUAUGAGUGCGACUGUCCACUGCACUUUACCGGGGACAGGUGUGAGGAAGAUCUAGUUGUGUAUUUCCCAUCCUUCUCUGGGAACACUUACCUACAGUACUCAUCCCUGGACCUGACUCAGCAGUACACAAACAACAUCGUCGUUAUGUUUAAAACUACCACCACGGAGGCCACCAUUUUGUAUGCAGCAGAGGAUGGUGGGAUUGCUAACGCUGUGGGUGCCAACAGUAAUGCAGAAUUUGUUCACCUGUACAUUGAAGGUGGAACUUUGUGGUACAGGUUUAGCUGUGGAGGAGGCACAGUACUUAGCCUAAGCACAGACAUCACAGUUAAUAAUGACUUCAUGACUUCAGUUGUUAUCCAACAAAGCCGACCUCGCCCUAUCGGUAACACCAUCCGCGGCAUGUGCAGUGCGUCUGUACAGGUGAACAGCUCAGCACCUGUUUCUAACGAGGUCAGGACUUACUUUGCACAGAAACCCUUCGGACCCCUCUACCUGGGAGGUCUGCCCUCAGACCUGACAGCAGUCACACAAGCAGGACCUGUGGUGAAUUUUGAGGGGUGCAUCGGAGCCCUACAGGUCAACGACCUUGAGUAUGACCUGUUCAGUGAUGCGGUGGAUGGAGAGAAUGUGGGAGACUGUGUGGCUCAUUCCAUCUGUCAGUUCAUCCCCUGCAGGAACAACGGAACCUGUAGACUGGAUGCGGAUGGUCAGUAUUUCUGUGACUGUCCUAAGAACGGGACGAACCACCCGCUGUACAGUGGGGAACUUUGUGAGAGGGACGUGUGUUCAGCAAACCCGUGUGGCCAUGGCGCGACCUGUCUCCCACAGACUGAUGGGAGAGUUGUUUGUUUGUGUCCGUACGGCAGGGGAGGGAUCACUUGUGAAGAUGAAUUGAACAUAACUCGUGCAGCCUUCACCGGGGUGCAUUAUGGGUACAGUUCCUACAUUGCCUACCCACAAGUCCUUGGGCUUAACUUCUUCUUUGAAGUCCGCUUCAGUUUCACUCUGGCCAACAACGACUCAGCUCUGACCAGUUCCCUCGUACUUUACACCGGACAAGCAAACCAAGUUCCAGGCUGGGGUGACGACUACCUUGCUUUGGGCAUAGAGAACGGACAUGUAGUCUUUACAUUCGACCUUGGAUCAGGUCCUGCCUACAUCAGAAGCCCCUCCCCCCUGGACUUGACCUUGCCCUAUCACACAGUGACCUUGGGACGGGAGAGAAAGGUCGGCUGGUUGUUGGUGGACAACACAGUCAACGUCACAGGCGAAGCACAGGGUGAUUUGAUAGGUUUGAACCUGGCCCAGGGAGAAGAGUUGUUUGUGGGUGGAUACGACAUGUUCCAACUGUCACUAAUGCCCAACUCUGUCAACUUCACAUCAGGAUUCCAAGGGUGUAUCUAUGACAUGGAGGUUCGGACUCACGAGUCUGAUGCGUGGCGGACCAUGGGUCACGUGGAUUCUGGACGGAUGGUCGGGCAGUGUUCCGUGUCGGAAUGUACACUGAACACUUGCCAUAACGGUGGCACCUGCAGGGACAUCGGGGCUUCUUUCAGAUGUGACUGUCAGCCUGGCUGGAAGGGUCUGUUAUGUGCGGAGGUGCAGACGGUGUGUGACACGGCCAACCCGUGUGCUGCGGGGGCCAGCUGUGUACCGCUGGAACAGUCCCACAGGUGUGACUGUCCACUGGGCAGAAAUGGGACCAACUGUGAACAGAGCAUCACCAUCAGCGAUCCUUCCUUUGGUAUGGGAGGUCAGGGGUCAAGUUCGUACAUGUCGUUCCCGCGACAGAACCUCCGUGUGGAAACCCGGAUCGCGUUAGAGUUCCAACCCAGUGCGCCAAACGGAAUCCUGUUCUACGCAGCUCAGAACCUGAACUCCCGCGCCGGGGACUUUAUCUCUCUUUCCCUCUUUGAUGGUUUUGUCGAGUUUCGCUACAAUCUAGGCUUGGAGCCAACAGCCGUUAUACGCAGCGCCCAGCGUAUAGAUACGAGCGGAAACGCGUGGACCCAUCUAGAAGCAGGACGGACAGGAAAGGACGGGUAUCUGCGAAUUGACGGCACGAAUGAAGUCACUGGAACAACCAAUCAGGCUAUGGUUGGGCUGGACAUUAGGACGGACUUCUAUCUGGGGGGCGUGCCGUACUUGGAUCUGGUUGCGAAUAUGGCGGUGGAAAACGAGCCGUCCGGAUUCGUGGGCUGUGUGCGACGACUGGCGGUGAACGGAAGGGAAUACGACUUGACAGAAAAUGGAGCCACCGAGGGUAUGAAUGUGGGGGACUGUGAUGGGGCAGCGUGUGGCUAUAAUGUCUGUAAAAACAAUGGUGUGUGCCAGGAAAUCGGACUCACCGACUUCAGCUGUAACUGUGUUCAGCCAUAUACUGGUGAGACAUGUGAUGAGGAGGCGGCCUGUGCUAACCACGGUUGCCGUAACAACGCGAGCUGUGUUCCCACACCUGGUGGUCACACCUGUGCCUGUGGACUGGGCUGGGCAGGAGACAACUGCACUGAUGCACUGACGUUCCAGAGUGCGAGGUUUGAGGGAGACGGGUAUAUUUUCUACCAGGACCCUGACCACGCCCACAGGAACCCAACUGUCACUCAGCUGUCACUCAACUUCACCUCCACUCAGGGGGAGGGGCUUAUUCUGUGGAACGGAAAGAGUGACACAGAUGAUGAAGACUACAUGGGUCUGGGUGUGAGAGAUGGAAAACUACUUUUCAGUAUCAACCUGGGGUACCUAGCCAAGGAAACCAUCCGGUCAACACCAGAUGUGGACGAUGGCCAGUGGCACUCAGUCAUCAUACAGAGGUCGAGAAGUGUGGUGACUAUGUACUUGGAUGGACAGCCUUUCCCUGCAGUAAACGGCAUCGACAUAGGGGGAGCUUCUGUGGGGCUCAACACUGGCGGACUGUACCAUAUAGGUGGAUUUGAGCUGGGUACAAAUGUGACGGUGUCCACCUUUGGUUUGUACACUGCUGGUCUGACUGGAUGUGUGAGAGACGUCAUACUUCACAGGGACACAUCAGCAGUCAGUCUGGUACAGGCAGACAGAGGAACCAACGUCUACAGCUGCGAUGGAAGAUGACAUUAACCUUCAAGUCUCUGUUUUCUUUUCUCUACGCUGUUUAUGAAUAAACACAUCCAACACAAUUUCAGGGCAGCAAAAUAUAUAUUCUGGAUGGGGAAAUUUGUCUGAGCUUGACAGUUAUUGCCAUUUCUUAGAGUGUUUUUGUCAUUUCUCAUACUUGAAGUGUAUGAAUAGUCCAAUACAAGCCAUGAGAUGACUCUCUUUAUUUUUGGGUACCACCCAUAAAUAGCUAAAACCAGCUUACUCAGGGCAGCAAAACAAAAAAUAUUCUGGAUGAGAAAAUCUCUCUGAUAUUGACAUUUACUGCCAUUUCUUGGCACAUUUUUGUCAUCGUUUCAUACUUGAAGUGUAUGAAUAGUCCAAUACAAGCCAUAGGAAGCAUCUCUUUAUUUUUGGGUACCACCCAUAAAUAGCUAGAAUCAACCAUACAAAAUACAC